AGGAGGAGGAGGAGGAGAGAGUUCGGGAUUUCGCUGUAAUCACGUUCGGAGUAUUGAUUUCGUGAGCGCACUCCAAUUGGCAGCAUCUCCACUACAGCGCCGGCGCGUCAUCCUCAGUUCACAUCGACGGAGCGAGUUGUAAGCAAAUGAGAACAUGUGUGGGAUCUGAGAGAGUGAGAGAAGGACAGAGGGGAGCGGGAGGAGGUGUGAGGAAAAAGCCAUUUUUCAUUCCUGUCACCCUGACAAGUGGAUACCAGAUUUGAUUGCCGGACUAUUUUUUAAUUUUUUAUUUCAAAUCCUCCUCAUCCUUUUUAUAUUUUUCUCAGACUGGGAAUUUAUCGAUUCGUCACAUGCGCACGCCUCUUCAUUAUAAUUGCAGACAGUUGGGUGCUGUUCAGGCUGAAUGGACUUGAAUGUGCCGCUGCCAGCUUAAUCCGUGCAGACUGGAAGAUUUAAUAAUUCACGGUAAUAACGCAUUAUCGCCUCAGUGGCUGCUCUCUACACAGCCCCGCUGAUUUUGUUCCUCUUUCUUUUACCCCUUCUCUCCAUUCUUCCUGUUUUUUUUUCUUCUGGAGGAUUUAUCGACGCAAAUCUGCUCCUUAUCUGAAAUAUCAUCUGUUGCUGCAACUGGAUUGAGGAGCCCCCCCCCCCCACCACCACCACCACCACCAAUGACUGCCUGCGCUGAGGUGGUGUGGACGGCUCAAUAAGAAGCAUUUUAUUCACCAUUUGACCAUUUAUACUCCAGAUGAAAAAUGGACGAAAAAUUGUUAUUACUUUUAUUACUUCUCUUAUCUCUCCACGCCGAGCUGUGAUUUUCUUUUUCGUGUCUCCAUCAUGAUCCUUCUACUCUGUUGAAUUGCCUCUUAUUGAUCCGGACUGUAGAAGCUGAAAAGCCGUGUCACAACGCGAAUUUCACCGUGAAGUGAUAUUAAGGACCGUGGGGGAAAAUACGGAACCGUGGAGGUGUUUCCCCUCCCUUGCUUUCUCAUUUGAUUUAUCCCAUUUAAACUGAAGGGUAAAUGUUGAUGAUGGAGGACGACGAACUGGACGCUCAUCAGGUUGAUUCGGAUUUCGAGCCGCAAAGCCGGCCUCGCUCCUGCACCUGGCCGCUGCCGUGCCCGGAGGAUUUCCCCGGCGGACACGAGGUCAGCGGGGGUCUCCCGCUGGCCAGCAUCAAGGUGGAACCGGAGGACGUGCCGGCGUGCAGAGCGGGGCUCGUGGGCGGCGCACCGGGAGAGCUGAAGCACCCAGCCGGCGCCCCGGCACCCACGGGCGCGACGCACCCAUGCCUGGCCGGCGCGGCGCUCGAUGUGACCGGAUCGCUGCGCAAAGCCAAGUCCUCGCGGCGGAACGCGUGGGGGAACCAGUCCUACGCGGAUCUCAUUACCCGCGCCAUCGAGAGCACCCAGGAUAAGAGACUCACGCUGUCACAGAUAUACGACUGGAUGGUCCGUUAUGUGCCCUAUUUCAAGGAUAAGGGCGACAGUAAUAGCUCAGCUGGCUGGAAGAACUCCAUCCGACACAACCUGUCCCUCCACACACGCUUUAUCCGAGUGCAAAAUGAAGGGACUGGGAAGAGUUCCUGGUGGAUGCUGAACCCUGAUGGAGGGAAGAUGGGCAAGUCUCCGCGCCGGCGAGCAGUCUCCAUGGACAACAGCACCAAGUACCUAAAGAGCAAAGGCCGCAUCAGAGGCAAGAGGGUUGGUCGUCCUGGGAUAGGAGCAGGGUCUGCUGUGGUGGGGCUCCAGGGCUCCCCCGAUCAUGGCAGCCCACCUCAGAAAGGCCUCCCAGGAGUCGGAGGUGCAACUGGGACAGAUGGAGAGUUUGACGCCUGGACAGACCUCCAUUCCAGGGCUAGCUCGUCAGCCUCGACCCUCAGUGGCCGUCUGUCACCUAUCCUUGCUGAGGAAGAACCUGAGGAACCAGAGGAGGGUGGCUUAUCCUGUUCAACAUCCCCCCAUCUCUACCCCUCACCGACCAGUGCCCGCUCCCCAUCCAUGGGAGCUGGGAAUCGCUGUCCUCCCCUUGAGCAGCUGCCUCAGCUGGCUAACCUGGCAGGGGCCAUCAGGCUGGAUGAGCAGCUCAUGGAGGAGACUUAUCAUCACCAUCACUCACAGCAGCCGCAACACCAGCAGCACCCGGCUGUUGGUAGACACAAGCAGCAAACCCCUGUUUACCACUACAGCUCUGGAGUGAAGGGGCAGAGCUCUUAUAGUGCCAGCGUCUACGGAGCAACAGGCAUGGGGAUGCUGCGCCACCACUCACCAAUGCAGACCAUUCAGGAGAACAAGCCAGCCAGUUUCUCUGGAACCAUGCGGGCAUACUCCAGUACCAAUGCCCUGCAGAGUCUGCUAACAGGGGGUCCAGUUGGGCAGCAAUAUUGUUCCAAGGACAUGAUGCUGGGACAGGAGAGGGAAAGUCAUCCUAUGAUUGGUCAAGCAAGUAAUGGAGUAAGCUCCAACCAUCACAGCCACCUCCCUGGUCACCACAAUGGUCACAGUCACAGCCACAAUGGACCUCAUAGUCACAGCUCAGCUCAUAGCCAUAACAGAACUCAUAGCCAUACUCCUACUCAUAAUCACAACAGUGUAACCAACCACAACUCACCCCACAGCCUCGUUCACAACAGUCUCAACCUCAACCAGAGCCAUAACCACACCCCCCCCCGGGCUGUGGCUCUGGCCCCACGUGGCAACAGCAAUCAGCUGCAGACCUACAACCACAAAGCUCCCUACCUGUACAGCCCCCCAUCACAUGCCCACCUCCCGGCCUCCACCACCCUACCCCCAAACCCAGCGGGUAUGCUUGGCAUGCCCCAGGACUCCUGCCAUGUGGCCGCCGCCCCACACCCGCACCCCCGUCAGAACCAUUACCUUGACCCCCAACACCUAGGCAUGACAAACGGACUUUACCACCAUGUCCAGGGGAUGGGGAACGGUAACAUCGGUAGCAACUACCACAGCUAUCACCAACCUCACACCCUUGAGAGACUACCUGCCGAUUUGGACAUUGACAUGUUCCACGGUAGCUUGGACUGCGAUGUGGAGUCCAUCCUCCUCCAUGACAUUAUGGACUCUGGGGAGGAGAUGGACUUUAAUUUUGACUGCUCCCUAGCCCAGGGGGUGGGCAUUGGCAUGGGUAUGGGCAUGGGUGUGACCAUGGGCAUGGGGAUGGGGAUGAGCAGUCUUGCCAGUCCACAGCAAGCCCACAGCAACCAGAGCUGGGUGCCAGGCUGAAGUCAAGGACAACACAUCCCACCCCCAGAAAGAACUACCCCACCCAAGAAGCACUGUGCUCAGCUGUGACACUCCGGACUUGACACAGAGACUAUACGACCAACUCCCCCAUCUCCCUUUGUUGUCCUGACAGUUCUUCUGUCACCCCCUCCUCUUUUUAUCCCCCUCCCCUCCAAGAUGUCACAUUAGGUUUUUCCUUGUACUAGCUAUACUGUGAUGACAAUCUCUCAGCUGUGAUUGCCCAACAUCGCUUCUCAUCUACCAUGAGAACUGAACUCUCAAUGCACUUUAUUGCAAGUGGGUCACAUCUCACAGUGCAACACGUUCACAGAGCAGCUCAGGCAGAGCUCGGCAUGUUUUGUAAGGUGGCGGCGGGAUUUGAUCGGAGCAAUUGUGUAAAUCAAAAGCUCAGUUGAUAAAAUGUCAGAUCUUGGCACUGAAUUAAAAUCGGACCCGUUAGUUUCAUAUUCUGUCGUUGACAGUGGUGAGGACAACCCCUUUUUUUGUUGUUGCAAUAAAGCCGUAACUUCAUUUUUAUUAGAUUUUUGUUUUUUGUUUGUUCAGAGCUUUCCCUUAUUUCAAACCUUUCCAAAUUUAAGAUUUUGAUUAAAAAUUUUAAUUGAUAUUUAAUAAAAAAAAUGAAUAUGCCUGAUUUGAGUAUUUGUACAAUAGAAUUCUGAUCUGAAACCACUUAAAUGGUGACAUUCACUUAAUCAUUGCUUCCAAUUAAUUAUCUUACAUCAACAGUGCUGUUAUUUACAGCUUCAUGCAUUCAGUCCUUGGCACUGUGACUUCUCUCUCGGAUGCAACAUUUUGUCAAUGACCUUUUGCUAUUGCUGGGAGAAUAUUGUCACUACAUCGUUAAAAGGAUUCUAUCAUUACUGGCUAGCAUGCAAUUUGGUGAAUUAAAAUGUCAUAUCACCUUGUCUCACCUGUUCUUCUUGUGCCAGCUCCCCCUCUCUCUCCCUUUAUCUGUCUCCCUCUCUCUGCCUGCCAGUGGAGACAAAGUGGCCAUUUCUCACACCAAGCCAUUAAUGUGCUUUGAUUGAAAUUCAGCAUCUUGCUUUUAAUCUCCAAAGUGAUGUGGCAGCGAUGCGUCAUUAUUGAGAAUCUACCGCGUUGUCCUCCCAUCUCUCACCCCGGCCGUCCGGGCCGCCACUCGCCUCUCCAACUUAAUGUGCCAAGAAAGCGAGACAAAACUGUGAUUAACGCCAAGUCACUCUGCCUGCUGUCCUGCUCUGAGAAGGGCCAAUGUCACUGUCCGCUUGCCUGCUCACAGAGGGUACAAAAAAUAGAAAAGAUGGAGACAAGGAUAGAACAAGUCUGUCGUUGCAGUGGGAUCAGUCAUCAGCCUCAGUUUCCGUGCUCAUUGGGCAUGUGUAUGAAAACAUGUAGCGUAUUGGUAUCGUAAAUCAUUUCCAUAUCUGUAUUCUGUGUUCCCUUGUUCCCAUGUUUUCUGAGCUUUUACCCUGAGCGUCAACAACUCAAAUAGGUGCAAAGAGAGGAGAUUUACAGAGAAAACAAUCAGCCAGUCAGAAUGGCAUGAGUCUACGUCAAACAGGGUUGUGAUGCACCACAGCCAUCCACAUCCACUUUUUGUGUGUUUAUUCUGUUGUCUUGUAGUUGUUGUUGUAUUGUUGAAAUUCCAAGGACCAACAAGAACAGCGCUGAAAUAGCAGCAGUGUAAGGAUGUUAUUCAAUGGUGAAAUGAUGUUGGUAGUGCGAUACGACCUUCCUAUACUCCAAUACUGUGCCCCCCUCACACAUGUGCUCUGCUCAAUUGUCUCUGUGUGUGUGAGUGGGGGAGACUGAAGCUUGUGUCUCACUGGCCUUGGGAGAGAGAAAAAAAGAGGACAUCCCUAUUCUCUGCCUCCCUCAAGCAGACUCUCUGCGCUUGGUCUGUACCAAGUACAGCACACAAAGGAAACGAGGGGGGUGCGGGGGUGUACAGGUGGGGCGGGGCUUAUUGUUCCAGCCAAAGGUCAAGCAUGGCACAGACUAUCAGACCUAUUAUUGAGGUAAAUACUUAUAUUUCAGGGCUUUUAGCCACACUGGUUCCACUUAAUCUAUGUGGAAAAUUAGUGGGAUUUUCUAAGCAAAUGGGCCUCACAAAGCAGUUCUGUUAUAUCCUAUGCUACAGACAUUUAGCAAUGCCCUGCUAUUGGAGAGAGAGCUAUAUAUGAUGUCUAAUUUUCCUAUAUUUAUUUAUGAAAGAGAUUGGUCUUUGUCUCUCCCAGAUGUGGUCGUUGUUUGAGUCUACUCCUGUCCCCUUCCUUUUAUUUUUCUCAGUUUUUUAAGAUGUCACUCUCCCUUUGCCCCUUUACUGACUUUUAUUUUGUACAAAAUCUAUAUAUUAAGAAUAUUGUAUAAUAGUUUUUAAAAAUCUCAAAAAGAGUAUCAGUUUUGUUGUCUAUUUCUUUUCUAAGAGAAUGUAUCUCAUCAUCUGGUGACUGUUAAAUAAAUGAAAUCAAAAGAA